AUGGCAGACCAAGGACACAGAGAACCGCAAGGCCUAGCGCGCGAACACAUGGACAUACACACACCCGAACGCAACCAAAACAACUCGACACAGAGCGAGCCGCGCGCGACACGAGACCAACAAACGCCGACCCAAACACAGGAAAUAAAUAGACGACACACGAUCAAUUCACCAAACGCAAUAAAUAUAAUCGAUGCAGCUAUCAUAGAGAAUACACACAACUUACAUAGUACACAAAUCCAACAUCAAGAAAGCCCAGAACCAAUAAAUCCCACACAAACAUACAAUACAAUCCCAACACCUACACACACGCAAACUAACACGGUAACAACCAGUCAAACGAACCGACACUUCACGGGAACAGACACAUUUUUAGCCACCAACACACGUAACACACGACUUAUACAAAACCUGAUAGACCUCGGAGCACUACCAAGCGACAGAAACAAAUACGAAGACCCACACAUAUACAGCACACAGUCAAUACACCCCACAAACAACCAAAACACGACACACCUAAACCACACACCAAACCCGAACAGUACAUACUGGAAUCAGCCAGCAAUGGCAAUGAAAACAAUACAAACAUGGAACAUAAAAUACUCAGGAAACACAAACGAAGACAUAGACGAAUUUUUACAAAAUCUCCGCGACUACCAAAUGGGUUAUGAAAUACACGAUACACAAUUAAUCAACAACCUCAGCCCGAUACUCGAAGGUGACGCAAAAAAAAUGAUGGCAAUGCACACAGGUACAGAACCAGGGAAACGAGUAAGGGUUGACCCAGCAAGGGUGGAGGGCAGCCCCACAAACAACACAAACACACCCGAGACAGUAGCACCUACAACAGAUAACAACAGAACGGAAAGUAGAUUUCACAUCAGAAUCGAAAUACACGGUCACGAAUUAAACGCAUUAAUAGACACAGGCGCGACACACUCAUACCUAGGCGCAGAAGUAAUACAAAUACUACACAACACAGACACACCAAUAGACGACACGCCCGACAGAACAGCUACAAUGGGAAACGGGACGCAGAUGACGAUAGAAGGAGCAACGACACACAAACCGACAAAGAAACCGAACCACAGAUAUGCGCAGGAAUACAAGAACUCACACAAUCACAACACACACAACUACAGACGACAAUACAGCAGAAAAUCUCAACACUACCAGGCCAACUCGGCCUAA